AUGGAAGAUCGGCUGUUUUCCCAUGAGGAAACGACGGCUUUAUCUAAUUUUCUAGAGGGAAGAUUCUUCCCGCUCGAAGGACACCUUGCGGAACCUUUCCAUGAAAAAUACGUGACUAGACAACCCAAACUCAAGAAUCUGGAGAAGCAACACGGAUUGGAAGUCAAACUAAACAUCAGGACGCCAAAGCCAUUGAGCAAAGAGCUGGUAUCAGCACUCAACGACGCUCUAGAAGAACUGCCAACACACCAGCAAUCUCCUCAAACCUCAGUACAGAUGGCAUAUUACGGACGGGUGUUUUUCCAGAUCGCUCCAGACCAACAUCUGUUUAGUGAUCUCAUCCGAUCGCACAUCAUAAAAGCAAUGAAAUCGAAAAUACAAGGAGCGGGGGAUCAGUAUAAAAAACUCUACAGUGCGUUGAUCGCAACGGAAGAGUGGUCAAAAUCGAUCGAGCAUCCGUCAAAACAGGAAAGAAUGGCGAAACAGAUCUAUGAUUCUGAUAAAAUAUUGAGCUUUUUCCAGGACGUCACUUUUCAUCUCGAAAACGAAAUAUUGAUACUCAUAAUUGUCUUUGUCUACCUCGAUUUUGCCAAAAUCCACGAAACAGUGGACUUAACUGGUGAUAGCACUGUGUUCCUAUACCGUGAUAGAUACUUCUAUGGAGAAAAACCACUUGUGGAUCUUGCGGACAUCCGCUUGAAACACAAAAAGAAAGGGCAAAUGAGCGAGAAGAUGAGCCAACAACUCGACAACGCCCUGGAAAUAUUCCUCGAAAUAAAGAAUACUGAUAAGGAAAGCGCAUUGAAGAUUGCAUACUACGUACGAAAGUUUUUUGACAUCAGUAAGAAUCACCAGAAUUCUGGGCUUGAUCAACAUAUCAAGGAGCGUAUCCAAUCAAAAUAUGUGCGGGGAUCCCCACGGAACAACCCCAAAAACUUGAUGCUCGACGCGCUGAACCAAAUGACACCUAUGCUUUUAAAUCAACUCAAAGAGCUGAAUAGUGUCCGUGAAAGGCUGGCUCUCGAGACUGCCUAG